UCCAGCCUGCCGCCGAAUGCAAGCGCGCGAAGAGAUACAACCGCUCAGCGAUUAUGAUCGCUUUCAAGCGUUUCAAAAAUCCUCCUCCCUAAGUGAUAAAAAUAUCGAAGUAUUACCGACCAGCGGCCGCGCGAUACAGGGCGCAACGAGUCAUCAUUUGGGGCAAAACUUCUCCAAAAUGUUUAAUAUACAGGUAGAAGAUAUCGCAGGAGGCAAUGAAAAGACAUUCGUUUAUCAAAACUCGUGGGGCAUAACUACACGACUGAUCGGAGUUAUGAUAAUGUUGCAUGGAGACGAUACUGGUUUAAUAUUACCGCCAAAUAUUGCACCUGUACAAGCGAUUGUUAUUCCAUGUGGCAUAAGUGCAAAAACAGCACCGGAACAGAAACAUAUCUUUUCUGAGUGCUUCAAUCUGGUUGAAAAAAUCAGGAAUUCAAGUGGUAGAAUUAAAGUGAAAGGUGAUUUGAGAAAUAAUCGAACGGUUGGAUGGAAGUAUUGCCAUUGGGAGCUGAAAGGCGUACCCGUGAGAAUCGAAUUGGGUCCGAAGGAAAUUGCGAACAACGAAGUAAUGUUGGUGCGCAGAGAUACCUCCGAGGCACAAACGGUUAAAGCAGAUUCAGUAAUUUCAAAAUUAACCAUGUUAUUAAAUGAUAUACAAAACUGCUUGUUUGAGAGAGCGAAAGCGAAAUUCGACGAGCGUACCAAGCUCGUGGAAAACUGGAAUGAUUUCAUCACCGAAUUCAAUAAAAACAAUUUAUUACUGGCGCCUUUCUGUGGAGAGAUAGAAUGCGAGGACAACAUUAAGGCGGAUAGUGCAUC